ACGACUUAGAUUAGCCGAUGUAAGAAAAAUCAAUAUGAAUUUAGGGCAACAGGCUGAGAUUGAGCCUGCGGUAAACACACAAGCUUCUGACAGAUGGCAGAUGGGGGUUCUGGUUUUGAGAGUGAAGUCUCAUCAAGUUGUAACGUAUGAAACUCAGUUCAGUUCUGAAUUUUUUUGGUAAGUUACUCAGUUCUGAUUUUAUGACAAAUCUACAACCCCUUUUUUUUCACCACUUGAUUUUAGACUUAUAGCCAUCAGUACGUUUCAAAUCUCAACUCAACAUUGUGCCUCAAAUCUCACAAAUCUUACUGAAACAAGAAGACGAAGAAAAAGCAGAGGCUAGAAACCAGGAAUUCAAGAAGCAAAAAUGUCAGAUUACUUACCAGAAGAAGUCCUCAUCGAAAUCUUCCUCAGGCUUCCCGCGAAAUGGGUGAUGAACUCUAGAACUAAUGAUCGGAUAAUGGUGAGGCACUAUGAGAGGUCCCUUUUGAAAGACAUAGUCAAACUUCACCGUGACGAUGACGGCUCAUUCAUCCCGGACGAAGAGCUAAUUUUACCACUCGAUGCCAGGCGUAGCCCUUAUGCUAUCAUUGAUUCAUCUUUUGGCUUAGUGUGUUUGUAUGGCUUCGUCUUUAGAACCCGCCCGAAACAUAUAGUUAUAUGGAACCCUUCUCUUGGCUUUUCCAAGAGAAUUUUAGUUAAGCCCUUUGAUGAAGAUCAUUUUGAAGAACCGAUUUACGGAUUCGGGUUUGACCCGAAGAGUAACGACCACAAGGUGGUGAGAAUCUUGUACCAUCAACAGCGCCGAUAUGUUGGUGAAGGCGUCGUCAAGAGUGUUGAAAUUUAUGCUUUGAAUGUUGGCGAGUGGGUGGAUAUUUCUGGAAAAGCUGCACCUGGCUGUCUCAUUAAGGAUUCUCUGUCGAGGGCUUAUGUGGAUGGGGCGGUUUAUUGGGUUGCGCAAAUGAAUGUGGGAGUUAUUUCCCGCAAACUGGUGUUGUCCUUGUUUGAUUUGAGCGAUGAGACGUUUAAGACAUUGGAAAUGCCGGAUGAGCUUAAGUGGAAAACGAAAUUGGUUGAACAGAAGUUCCAAAACGAGCAGUUAAAAGUAGUUGCUAUGAACAAGUCACUCAGUUUGGUGCACUUUUUUAUACAGUGGACGAAAAGUCCUUCUUUUGAUGGGUGUAACAUUUGGAUGCUCGUUGAAAAUGGUGGCGCAAGAGGGUACUGGACGAUAAAGUAUAGAGUUGAUCUCCGAUUAGGGAUCGCCAACGUUUUAGGGCUGAGGAAAAAUGGAGAAGUUGUGCUAGUGGCAAGGCACACAUAUGAGCUGAUUUGCUUUCCUAUUGGCAGUAGAAAAAUCAGAUACUUGGAUAUGAUUGGCGAUUGGAGUACUUUCUACAUGAACACUUACAUUGAGAGUCUGCGUUUAUAUGAGAGAGGAAAUCAUGAGUUUAUCAACAAUUUUGAUUCUUCCGCAGUGCCAGCAACCGGGAAUGGCGAUGAACUCACGGAGGCUUGAACUUACUGUCUUUCUUCAGCCAUGUGUGUGCUAUUGGGAAUAAUAAGUAGCAAUAUUUUUAGCUAGAUUGUCGUCAGUUGUGUGUCAUUUAAUGUGUUUUAAUGUAACAAUUCUUGUGUCCUCUCUAUAGGGUCAAAACUUUUCCCCAUUGAACAAGGUCAAGAUAUAAUAAUAAUCUGUGAAGUUUUUAUGUUUUUA